CUAUAGCGAAUAUUUUGAGAAACGAGGUUGAAAAAAGUCAGAAACAAAAUUUGAGAAAUAGUUUGAACAGGUUGAUGAUUGAUAUGUUAAAAGUGGUUGAAAAUAUAGGGAAGAUGAUAAUAGGUUUUGAUGAUGAGAAAGGUUUACAAGAUAAUAAUUUUAAGAACAGACCUUUUGGUAAUACUGAUGGAAUUGGGUAUAGGGGUUCUGAUAGAGUUGGGUUCAGAAGUUAUGAAGCAAAAAUCAGAGAGUUAUCAACGGAUGAUCUUAUGAAAGUUUUUUUUCAUGAUAAGUUAGCAAGUGCAAGACAAACAGCAAAAAGUAAAAGGCAAAGGUUAGAUAAACCUAUAAUAUCAGAAUUAGUAUUUAGUAGCUUACCUGUAGAUGCAAGAGAGUAUAGAAAGUAUACUGCGAAAAGAAAUGAGGCAGAGGAAGAAAAGAAUAGUAAGGAGAGUGCAUCUAGAGUCAUCAGUAAAGUAUUAGAGGAAGAAGAUAAGAUCUGUAGCAGUAGUAAUAAUGUAGUUGAAAAACAGAGUUCUACUUUUUGUCAAAGGAGUAAAGUCAUUAGCUCAAAUAAAGACUAG